GAAAAGAUGAAUUAAUUGAUACACUAAAGUCGAAAUCAUUCAACUAUAUACAGUAUUUUAAAUAAUAAUAAUAAUAAUAAUCCAAUGGUUCACCCCGCUCACGUGUCCACAAGCAUUCCAGAACCCAUUCACCUAUUUUGUUUCAUUGAAGAAAAACCAUUACCCUCUUUUCUACUUCGUUGGCUGGGUUUCAUCCACAGUGAAUCCUAUAUAAAUACAGCAUAGCUUGGAAAGCUUAUGCACACAACCUAGUGCAGUCAUCUCCAUGGACUCGUGCGCCUCAACCUUUCUUAGCUUCCCUUUGAACCUCAGACGUGGAAACACCUUCCCCAACUCACACUCUCUGCAGAAACAGCCAAACAUCCCCACAAAAUUUAUAUGGCCAAAGCAAGACUUGGUUCACGCCCAGGAAGAACUCAAAGAACCCCUCGUUGAUCUCGCGGGCUUCUUCCGUGGCGACAAGAAGGCGACCCGGCACGCCGCCGAGCUCGUCAGGGAAGCCUGCGCUGCCCAUGGCUGCUUCCAAGUCAUCAACCACGGCGUCGACCACGGCCUCAUCUCUGCUGCCCAUGCCCAAAUGGAAGCUUUCUUCAAGCUCCCACUCAACGUAAAGCAGAGGGCUGGGAGGAAGCCUGGCAGCAUGUGGGGCUAUUCCGGCGCCCACGCUGACCGGUUUUCGUUGAAACUCCCAUGGAAGGAGACGCUGUCGUUCGGCUUUCACGACGACGAGUCCGACGCGGUCGUCGUGGACUACUUCAAAUCUUCUCUUGGGAGUGAUUUUGAACAGGCAGGGCGGGUUUACCAGAGAUACUGUGAGGCGAUGAAGGAAUUGGCGCUUUCUAUAAUGGAAAUUAUAGCCCUCAGCUUGGGAGUAGAGAGAAUGCAUUACAAGGAAUUCUUCGAGGACAGUAAGUCUAUAAUGAGGUGCAAUUACUAUCCUCGGUGCGACGAGCCAGGGUUCGCCUUUGGAACAGGACCGCACUGCGAUCCCACAUCCUUGACAAUUCUCCAUCAAGACCAAGUUGGGGGUCUUGAGGUGUUCGCCGACAACAAAUGGCAUUCUGUUCAGCCACGGGCCGAUGCCCUGGUCAUCAACAUUGGCGACACUUUCACGGCACUGUGCAACGGCAGGUACAAGAGCUGCCUGCACAGGGCAGUGGUGAACAGGUACAAGGAGAGGAGGUCGUUGGCGUUCUUUCUGUGCCCGAGAGAGAACAAGGUGGUGAGGCCCCCUGAAGAUCUUGUGUGCAGAGAAAGGCCAAGACAGUACCCAGAUUUCACAUGGUCCGAUCUCCUUCGCUUCACCCAAAACCACUACAGAGCUGAUGACACUACCCUCCACAACUUCACCAAUUGGUUCCUUUCUUCCUCCAGUCCCAACUCCUCACUCUCCCAUUAACCCCAUUACAUACCUCCUCCACCGAGCUGGCUCCACCCCCCCCCCCCCCCCCCCCCCCCCCCCCCCCCUCUUCUUUCUUUCUUUCAUUAAUUAUUAUUAUUAUUAUCAUCCUAUCUAUCGCCCCCUCUGCAUGCAAGCCCCCCUUUGUUUCUUUUCGCAGUCUAGUAUAUUUAUAUUUAUUCUAUUAAUUAAUAUUAAAAGGCUGUACCUGAUUUUAAUCACUUUAUUAAUUAAUUAAUGUCUAAGUUUUUAAA